AUGACACACAGCAACAUCAUGGUGGAUGUAGGAAAGUGGCCAAUAUUUACUUUACUCUCACCUCAAGAAAUAGCAUCUAUUCGGAAAGCAUGUGUAUUUGGUACAUCAGCCAAUGAAGCUAUAUACAUAACACACAACGAUGAGGUAUUUGUUUUUGGACUGAAUUGCAGUAAUUGUUUGGGAACUGGAGAUAAUCAGAGUACAAUAGUGCCAAAGAAAUUAGAAGCCUUAUGUGGAAAGAAGGUUUCCAGUCUCAGUUAUGGAAGUGGACCCCAUGUUGUAAUUUGCACUGAAGAUGGUGAAGUCUAUGCUUGGGGACAUAAUGGUUACAGCCAGCUUGGGAAUGGCACAACCAAUCAGGGCAUUACUCCUAUUCAAGUUUGCACAAAUCUGUUAAUAAAGAAAGUGGUGGAAGUGGCUUGUGGCUCUCAUCAUUCCAUGGCGCUGUCGUUUGACGGGGAUCUCUACGCUUGGGGCUACAAUAACUGUGGUCAGGUUGGAUCUGGAUCUACAGCAAACCAACCAACUCCUCGCAGAGUUUCAAACUGUUUACAGGGUAAAAUGGUGGUUGGCAUUGCUUGUGGUCAGACCUCCUCCAUGGCUGUAAUAAACAAUGGUGAGGUUUAUGGCUGGGGUUACAAUGGCAAUGGACAGCUAGGUCUUGGGAACAACGGCAAUCAACUAACACCCUGCAGAGUGGCAGCCUUACAUGGUGUGUGUAUACUCCAGAUUGCCUGUGGCUAUGCGCACACACUAGCACUAACAGAUGAGGGUUUGCUCUAUGCCUGGGGAGCUAACACUUACGGGCAGCUGGGAACUGGCAAUAAAAGUAACCAGCUAAGCCCGGUGCAGAUCAUGAUGGAAAAAGAAAGGGUUGUGGAGAUUGCAGCCUGCCACUCUGCUCACACCUCAGCUGCCAAGACCCAGAGUGGCCAGGUGUACAUGUGGGGCCAGUGCCGUGGGCAGUCAGUGAUCCUUCCCCACCUCACUCACUUUGCCUGCACUGAUGAUGUGUUUGCUUGCUUUGCUACCCCUGCUGUCAUGUGGCGUCUUCUGUCAGUAGAGCAUGAGGACUUUUUAACUGUAGCAGAAUCUCUGAAGAAAGAGUUUGACAGCCCAGAAACCUCGGACCUGAAAUUUCGUGUGGAUGGAAAAUACAUCCAUGUCCACAAAGCUGUUUUGAAAAUCAGGUGUGAACACUUCAGAACCAUGUUCCAGUCCUACUGGAAUGAGGAUAUGAAGGAAGUGAUAGAAAUAGACCAGUUUUCUUAUCCUGUGUAUCGUGCCUUUCUUGAGUACUUGUACACAGACAGUGUUGACCUUCCUCCUGAAGAUGCAAUAGGGCUUUUGGAUUUGGCUACUUCGUACUGUGAAAACAGACUGAAAAAACUAUGUCAACACAUUAUCAAGAGAGGAAUUACUGUGGAAAAUGCAUUUUCAUUGCUCUCUGCUGCUGUCAGAUAUGAUGCAGAGGACUUAGAGGAAUUCUGCUUUAAGUUUUGUGUCAAUCAUUUGACAGAAGUGACACAAACUGCAGCAUUUUGGCAAAUGGACGGUCGCCUGCUAAAGGAAUUCAUUGCUAAAGCCAGUAAAUGUGGAGCCUUUAAGAACUGA